GAGGGGCUUAUCGCUUAUCGAUAUCUCACGUCAUACACGUCACGGCAGCUUCGAUGCAGCUUCGAUACUUCGAUCUUACAACCAAACAUAUCCCUUAUCCGUCAAGUCCAAUUACCUACUUCCUAAGCUGGCAAACAGAUAGUCUAUUUAAACAAUGGUCACAAUGCGUGAUGAUCGCACACACCCCCUCCUAGCCCAAAUCCCCCUAACCGUCUCCCCCUUCGUCUCGCUCCCCACCGCCGCCACACUCCCCUAUACCUACAAGUCGAUGCCGUCAACGCUGCCCCCUCCCGCGAGCGGCGUAACCGGCGCCGGCGCCAGCGACGCCAAAGUCAAGUACGUGGUCGCGCAGUCCGGGCACGCCGCCCACCCCGACGACAUCAUCGCGUCGUGCAAGGCGCUGCAGGCGCACCUCACGCGCAUGCAAGAAGACUCGGAGCGCGUGCUGCGGGACCUGCAAACCCACAUCCGCGAGCGCGAGCUCGCCGAGAAGCGCCGCGUCGCGCCGGGCUGGCUCGACAGCGACGCGCGUCUGCUGCAGCCCGAACGCAGUAAUUACCCUGCCGAGGCCGAGAUCGCAGGCCAGUUCGCGGAGAUGAGCGUUGCGGACGGGGAUGGCGGGGCUACGGCCGGGAUUAGCGAGAUGGCGGUUGAUCAGGGCGAGGAGUUGGAUCGCGCGUUUGGUGGUUUGAGGUGAGGUGAGGUGGGAUAAGACAAGAUGGAUAGAAAGGGAGAGAAGACAGGUUAGGCGUUUAUAAGCGAGGCUUCAUGUCCUUGUACUGGGUGUUAUGUUUUACCUCGUCUUUGCAUCAAGGAUCUUGGCAUGGAGUUAGGGUAUUCGGGGCAUUAACCAAUGAUUAAUAAUUAAUUAUACUAAAAUAUUACUGUAGUAACCAC